AUGUCUUCAAUAUCCAGCAUGCCCGAGGAAAGUCAUAUUGUCCUAGGCCCCAAACACCUCAGAAUCCUUGUGCUGGGCGAGACAGGAGCUAGAAAAUUAUCGUUUAUUCGGCUAGCUACAGGCUGCGAUGCCCAAGUCGGCGAUGGAGCGAACCCUUGCACCUUGUUAUGCACUAACUACAUCGGCGAGUCGGGCCGCUCCGAGCUGAUUGACACGCCAGGCUUCGACGACCUCUUCAAAAGCAACCACGAAAUCCUGGCCCAGAUCUCGCACACCAUGUGGGACGUGGCGGCGCUGGGCCCCGAGGCCCUCAGUCACAACCGCGCUCGCGUCAGCGGAUUUAUCGCCGCGGGCACCGUCUUUGGCGAGUUGCUUAACAGCGGCGCCAUCCACCAGGAGCUGUGGGCCGAUAAUCAGGACUCAGACCGCAAGAUCCUCGCCUUCUUUGAAAACUCGCCACACCCGAUGUUGACAAUUCAGCGGGAGCUACACAGCCAAAAACCAUGA